AUGUUGUUUUUUCGGCUUUAUUCUCUUAGAGAGCUUGAUGUGCACAACGAAGACGAAGUUCUGCUAACAAGUCUUCUUCUCGUCUCCCAAUAUCUUCGCAACACAAAUCGGGUUCCAAACGCUAUCGAGAUGUGUAAGGAGGUUUUGUUUCUUCUCGAGCAUAAGACACUAGGAAAUAUAGACCAAACGUGUGUCAAACGUUUUGAGAAUGUUCACAGUCACCCAAUAAAACGAGGCACAAAACGUCUCUUCACUUUUCGACAAGUUUUUGCGAGAAAAGUGGAACUAAGGACAACCUGUACACUGGCAGAAUUAUACCAAAGUCAACGUAAAUACAGUGAGGCAGAAGGCCUUUACUUAAAAGCAAUACACAUCGCAGAGAAAAUUGGCAACGGGAAAAUAGUAGCCACAAGCUAUGGAAACCUAGGAUUUAUGUUUCUUUGUCUUGGUGAACAUGUCAAGGCUAAAGAAUAUUGCGAAAAAGCAAUAGCAAUCGCAGCGAAAAUUGGCGACGGGAAAAUAGAAGCCAAAAGCUAUGAAAAACUUGGAGGUAUCUUUACUUCACUUGGUGAAUAUGUCAAGGCUAAAGAACAUUGGGAAAAAGCGCUUGCAAUCGGAGAGAAAAUUGGCAACGGGAAAAUAGUAGCCAGAAGCUAUGGAAACCUAGCAGUUAUGUUUCUUUUUCUUGGUGAACAUGUCAAGGCUAAAGAACAUUGCGAAAAAGCACUAGCAAUCGCAGAGAAAACUGGCGACAGGAAAAUAGAAGCCACAAUCUAUGGAAACCUAGGAGGUAUCUUUAAUAAUUCAUUUAAUGAACAUGUCAAGGCUAAAGAACAUUACGAAAAAGCAAUUACAAUCGCAAAGGAAAUUGGCGACAGGAAAACAGAAGCCGUAAACUAUCAAAACCUAGGACGCACCUUUAAUAAUCUUGGUGAAUAUGUCAAGGCUAAAGAACAUUGCGAAAAAGCACUAGCAAUCGCAGAGGAAACUCGCGACAGGACAAUAGAAGCCACAAGCUAUCAAGGCCUAGGAAGUAUCUUUAAUUCUCUUGGUGAACAUGUCAAGGCUAAAGAACAUUGCGAAAAAGCACUAGCAAUCGCAGAGCAAAUUGGCGACCAGAAAACAGAAGCCACAAGCUAUGACAAACUUGGAGGUAUCUUUACUUCACUUGAUGAUUAUGUCAAGGCUAAAGAACACUGCAAAAAAGCAAUUGCAAUCGCAGAGAAAACAGGCGACAGGGAAACAGAAGCCAGAAGCUAUCGAAACCUAGGAAACAUCUUUUAUUCUCUCGGUGAAUAUGUCAAGGCUAAAGAACAUUUCGAAAAAGCACUUGAAAUCGCAGAGAAAAUUGGCGUGGGGCGAAUAGAAGCCCUUUGCCAUGGAAGCUUGGGAUUUAUCUUUUUCUCUCUCGGUGAAUAUGCCAAGGCUAAAGAAUGCCUCGAAAAAAACUUGGUAUUGAAAAGAAAGUAUGGGGAUAGCGAAGACGAGUCAAUUUGUCGCUUACUUCUCUCACAUCUUAUGUUAAAAGAAGGCAACAUAUCUGAAAGUAAAUCAAACGCCUUUGUCAGUUUUAAUAAGGUAGAAGAUAUUCGACGUCUCCAAGUACAUGAUAAAUUCAAGAUAUUGUAUUUUGAAAAAAUGUUUAAUAAUUACCGAAAAUUCAGUCAAUUGCUUUGUGAUGCUGACUUUCCUCAUGAAGCUCUUUACACGGAAGAAUUUAGACGAGCGAGGGCCCUUAAAGACUUAAUGGCAGCUCGGUACUCUGUAGAAAACGAAAUACCAGUCAGUCCACAAACAUGGGAUUAUAUUGAAAGUAUCGUCAAGAAAGAAUGCAACUGUGCUUGUCUUUACAUGUCAUACCACGAACAAUCGUUUAAUUUUUGGGUUGUUAAAGCAGACAACCCUUUAAUUUUCCAGCAAAUAAAAGUAAAUGCUGUUUUUGGAUCAGUAAUCAGAGUGGCUGACUUACUUUGUCGCGAAAUUUACAGAGAGGUUCUUUGCUUAGCUCCUGAACAGUGCGAGGAUCGAUCCUGGCUUCCCUCAAACGCUUACUGGGAGCAGGGGUGUGAACGCCUGAUGUUAGAAGAUGAGAACGAGCCACCCGAGCGUACUCCUGCUUGUGUCUACAAAAUGAUCAUUGCUCCUGUAGCCGACUAUCUUGAUGAGCCUGAAAUCAUCAUUCUUCCUGAUCGCGACCUUUACAAAGUUCCAUUUGCAGCGCUAGAAGACGAAAGUGGAAAGUGUCUAUCAGAGUCUUUCAGGAUCCGUAUCGUUCCCUCUUUGACGACUCUAAAGCUUAUUCAGGACAGUCCAGCAGACUAUCACAGUCAGAGUGGUGUGCUGAUAGUGGGGGACCCUGCUGUUGGUGAAGUGUUGUACAAGGAAAUUCUUCAGCGGGUAAAGAGACUGCCUUUUGCAAAUAAAGAAGCAGAGAUGAUUGGAAAACUGUUCGGUACUCAACCUCUGCUAGGAAAACAAGCCACAAAGGAGGCGGUCCUUCAAAAAAUUCAUUCUGUGUCUCUGAUACAUUUUGCUUGUCACGGUAAUGCCGAAAGAGGUGAAAUUAUUCUUGCCCCUCCACCCGUCACUGAUGGGACACCUCAAGAAGAAGACUACUUAUUGACUAUGGAGGACAUUUCGAAAGUUAAACUGCGAGCCAAACUGGUGGUCCUUAGCUGCUGUCACAGUGCAAAAGGACAAAUCAGUGCCGAGGGAGUUGUUGGAAUUGCUCGUGCGUUUUUAGGGUCUGGUGCACGCUCAGUGUUGGCGGCACUGUGGGCCAUAGAUGACGAAGCAACAGAACAUUUCAUGACUCAUUUCUACGAGAACCUUGUUCAUGGGGAAAGCGCCAGUGAAUCCCUUCAACAGGCCAUGAAGUGGAUGAGAGAAAACGGUUUCUCCAAGAUUUCGCAGUGGGCGCCAUUUAUGCUUAUUGGAGACAACGUCAAGUUGGAUAUUCACAAGUUAAGGUCAUCGAAAGGACACUAG